GGUCGAAGUCUUUCGUUCGUGCGGUCGUUGUAUCUGAAACGAUCGAUCAUCGACUACCGAAGACUGCCUAUCGAAUCGGAGCUGUGCUACCAGAGGCAGAAGAAGAACACGAGAGGGAGAGAGAGAGAGAGAGAGAGCGAGAGACAGAGACAAAGACAGAAAAUGGCCCCCACUCAUCGCGAGGAAGAAAUAGAGGGGCGCUCGUAUAAAGAGUAUGCUUACAGCCCUGUACCAGCGAGUUCCUCCUCGGCUGUGUACGAAACAACCACCACUACCCUCGUUAAAGAACCCUACGUUAUAUCUAGUAAUAACGGAGAAGAGUUUAAAAAAUCUACAUUUGGAAUCGUUACGAGCAAGUGCAGUGCUGCCGAAAUGGGUGAAAAAGGAUCUACUCUGUUGCAGUAUAUUGCUGCAGCUGCAGCCAAUCUCAGUAUAAUGGCGACAGGAGCGAUGUUGGGCUGGACCAGUCCGAUAUUAGGUAGACUUAUGGUGAAAUCCGAUGACAAUCCUUUGGACACUCCCAUUACCGCAGAUGAAUCAUCCUGGAUCGGAUCGUUGGUAGCCAUUGGUGCUGCUGUUGGAAGUUUCGCGGCUGGAUAUUGCGCUGAAAGAUUUGGACGAAAAUACACUUUACUAUUUUGUAUCGUACCUUAUUUGAUCGGUUGGGCGUUGAUAGCUACGGCACACAAUGUAGCUCAGUUUUACGUUGCUCGAUUGAUAUUUGGAGUUGGCUUGUCCUUCGCCUUCACUGUCGUACCUAUGUACGUGGGAGAGAUCGCAGAGACGUCCAUCAGAGGAGCAUUGGGAUCCUUUCUUCAAUUAUUCAUCACGUUUGGAUUGCUCUAUUCUUACGUCAUCGGUCCGUACGUUUCUUACACGGUCUUUUGGAUCCUCUGUGCUUGUCUACCGGUCAUCUUCUUCGUUUUAUUUCUACUAAUGCCAGAAUCACCUUACUAUCUAAUCUCCAAGGGUAACAGAGAAGCUGCCGUUACUGCGUUAGCCAAAUUACGCAGCAAGAGCGAAAUGGCUGUACAGCAAGAGGCAGACGACAUACGGGAUGCCCUCGAGGAAUCAAUGAAAACGCAGACCAAGAUUUCGGAUCUAUUCACCGUCAAGGCAAAUUUUAAGGCCCUCAUAUUCACCUGUUUCUUGGCAUCCUUUCAACAAUUGACCGGUAUCAACGUUGUUCUGUUUUACAUGCAAAGUAUCUUCGCCGCAACUGGUAGCACCAUGGAUCCAAACGUGUCUACGAUCAUAGUUGGUUCCGUUCAAGUAGCCGCAUCUUUUGUCACGCCAUUGAUCGUCGACAGACUGGGCAGACGAUUGCUUCUCAUAACUUCCGGCAUAGGAGAGAUCGUUACUUUGGCUGCUCUGGGUCUUUUCUUUUAUUUAAAAGACGUCAAAGAGGAUGUCGAGGUCGUGGAAUCGAUCUCGUGGCUUCCGGUGGUUUCGCUCGUCAUCUUUAUCGCCACCUAUUGCAUCGGUUGGGGACCUCUUCCAUGGGCAGUGAUGGGCGAGAUGUUCGCCUCUGACGUAAAGUCGAAAGCUUCCGGUAUUACAGUUUCCAUGUGCUGGCUCUUGGCUUUCUUCAUUACGAAAUUCUCGAGCAACAUCACCGAGGCCUUCGGUAAUCACACGACCUAUUGGAUGUUUGCCGUCUUCUGUGUUAUCAGUGUUCUGUUCACCAUAUUCAUACUACCUGAAACCAAGGGCAAGAGUUUGCAACAGAUUCAAGACGAGUUGAACGGCGUGAAACCAUCGAUGUCCGAAUUCAGUCAUUCUGUUUUACCUACCAAACAAUGAAGGUAUCUUUCGGGGUCGGAGAUGGUUCGUAUUUUAAAUGACGAUCAUUAUCCUAGCACGAGUUAUUACGGAUCAUUCGUUAAUAAAGAAGACGCGUAGAAUUAUGAUUGUCUUUCUUCGGCCCUGGCCACAAGAUUCGAUGACUUUUGGUCCUCGAUAUAAGUGGCGCUUCGGGAAACACGACGAACCAACAAUUUUUUUUUUUUUUUCUUUUUUUUUUUUAUCAGUAUUGGACAGGAAGGACGUUUUACGCAACCCUUUUGUCCUCGACGUCGUAUCGUAUGAGAUCUUCCCGAACAUUCCCAAGGGAAACGUGUAUCUCUGAGAUCCUAAGAUCAUAAUGAUUGUGUUCCGUGUCGAGUUGUCCGUGAUGAAAUAGAUAUAAACUCUUCUUUUCUCUUCUUUAUUUUAUAAUAACUCAUAAGAAUACUAUAAGCGCAAAGUACUAUAUUUUUUUAAUGAUAUUUUAGCGAAGAACUUUUGAAAACGUCGACGAUAGCGGCGACUAAGAGAGAGAGAGAGAGAGAGAAUGCGUGUAUAUUCCCUUCGCGAGUAUGAGAACUCGUCCGUGUCACAUUUGUUUCCUUUCUUCUUUUUCCUUUUCUUUUCUUUAUUAUUAGAUUGAAUGGUGUAUUAAUUUAAAUAAUAGAAUAGCUUUUUAUUCGGAUUCCAAGCUAUACUACGUAUGUGAGUUUCUUUAGCGUGGAUCGAGCCUGAUGCAAGUCGAACUGGGAAACCGGACUGAAGCUCAAUCGACUACUACUAAUAUUAUUAUUAUUAUUAUUAUUAUUACUACUACAGCUCCGCUCGUUUCUUCGAUAUAAACGUCAUGAAUAUUCUGGGUUUUUAUUAUUAUUAUUAUUAUUAUUAUUAUUUUUCUUCUUCUUCUUCUUCUUACACUUUGUAUACGCGAACGAGAAACGAAACAUAUGAAAACACUCUACGUUUAUUCAUUCGGCCAAUUUCAAACAUACACAAAGAUUUGUUUGUAUACAUUUAAUGAAAAUUUCAUUCAACUUUUUUCUAUUGAAACUUUGAAAUAACGCGCUGAAAGUAAGUCCGUCGAUCUCAUUCGCGAUCGCGAAACUAGUUAAGAUUCUAAGAUUAUAAUAUUUCGAUAAACACGUGGAUGAACUUUCGAAUACGAAAAAUUUGUAAAAUAAUUUCGAACCUUUUGUCACUUUUUAUUUAGACGUUGAUUAUCAUCUACGUAUACGUAUUAUUUUAUUAUAUAACUCGACUAUUAUUAUUAAGACUUUUAUUUAGAAAUAUCAAUGAGAAAAAGCCGUAAUAAUCAAACAAUUAAAUAUUGAAACAAAUGUAACAAGAGAGGGAAGAGAGAACAAAGAGCGUUAGUGUCUUUCACAGAAAUUUGUAGCCUAAUCGGUGAUCCAUUAACUGCGCAAUAAUCAAUUUAUUCUCAUCAAGUUGUCGUCCAUUCGUAGGUGCUAACAUGAUCGAGUAGGAAAAAAAAGGAAAAAAAAAAAAAAAAAAAAAAAAAAAAAAAAAAAAAAAAAAAAAAAAAGAUAGAAAAAAGUAGAAAAUAAAAAGAAAUACAAGAAAAAAGAAACACGGACAUCUUUCCUGGAUCCUAACGUUUAAUUGCGCUCUUCGAUGGAAUCGAUGAAUCGAUCGAUUGUUCGCCAUCAAUAAGUAAUAUAUUACAAAUAAUAAUAUAUGUAUGUACUCGAUCAUUUUUUCAAAUGUCAUUGAUAAAAGUUGCAGAACGCAGUUCCAUCGAUGUUGUUAUUCUUGGUGUUCAUGUAAAAGAAUGCACCUACGAAUGUACGUACGUAUCGCAAGGAAAAAUCGAUAUAAACGUUUAGCGUGAUAUUCGUUCAAGGGCAGAAAACAUUCCCAUAUUUCGCGUUACACUUCUUCGUGGAUAAGAAAAAUUCUCUAUUUUUUUUUCCCCCUUCUUUCUUUUCUUUUCCUUUCUCUGAGCGGAUGGGUUUUUUUUCCUUCUUUCUUUCUUUUCUUUUUCUUUUUCUUUUCCUUUCCUUUUUCUUUCGUUAUUCUCGUUUCCGUAUCGCCUUAACGCAUUUCUUCCUUCUUUCUUCAUAUUUCGGAAGGAGAGUCACUUCAGAGAUAAGAAUCAUAAUAGAGAAGAAUCGAAGGGAACUAAACUGAUUCUUUGAUACAUACACGGUAUAUCUAUAAACAUUGAUAUAAUUCCUUUUCUUACGAGUAGAACGAUGCUCGUGGGAAUACUCAAGCGAUUACCAAAGAUUUAUCUUACGUUUCAAUCCGUACUCCUAACUCGCACCUUUUAAUUUCCGUAUGUUUCUCUCGUCUUAUUACUCACGGUACUUCCUGCUAACUCGUUCGUGUCAAUUAUUUAUACAUGUGUAUAUAUGAGAAUGGAAACGCGGUAUAAUCAAAACUUGUAAAUUGUGAUUAAAGAAAAUCUUUUAUAUAUUUUUCUCGGAGAAUAAUUAAAAGAAAAAAAAAAAAAAAAAAAAAACAAAAAUAAAAGAAAAAAAAAGGAAAAAAAAGGAAAAAAAAGAAAAAAGAAAAGAAAAAGAAAAGGGGAAAAAAAAGUCGGAAAACUGAAAGACGGGAAAAAACGUAAAAAUAAUAUCAAAAAAACGCGGCAAGGACGAAAGGCGCUGGUUGCCGAUUACUUGUUCCCCCCCCCCCCCCCAAUUGUUAACGAGUUUUUUAUCACGUUUGUCAAACUUGUCAACAAAGAUUCUUGUGAAUGAAACGCCUUCGUGUUUCGUAAUGUAUAUCUCUACGAAUAACGAAAGAUAAAAGAAGCAAGUAUUUUACAUAGCAUCGAACAAUCAAUGAUUAUCUCGUUAUCAAUGAAUGUUACGUUAUUUAUACAUAUAUUUGGAUUAAUCUAUAAGGAAUAAAUGUAAAGCGAAGAGAAACUAUUUUAACACAAUAAGAGAGCGUGGAACUAGAACGGGUAACACCAUGUUUCAUCUCGUCAUUGUAAAUACUAUUUGAUAUAUACAUAUAUAUGCAUAUUCUCAAGUGCACCUUUGUACAUACAUAUCUUAUCGGAAUUGAAUAAAUUAUAAUUAAACGCAA